AUGAUCAACCAAAGUGAGAAGGAAUACAAUGUGGAAGAGUCUACUGAUUUAAAUAGACAUAAUUUAUCUGAAUUGGAUGAUGAAGAGGAAGAACAAGUAGACAAAAGUAUAACUUUUGAAUCGUAUACUAUAUUGAAAUCUCAUUUUGCUGAUAUUUUAAACGAUGAAGUAUCGUUGAAGACUACUGAAUUAUAUGAAAACCAUGCUGAUAUAUCCAAUGAAUUAUAUGAUACUAAAGAAUUACGUACUAGCGAGUUGUGUCCUGUACCUGCUGAUGAUUUGGAUUCUACAUCUGAUAUUUCUUCGAUAGUAACGCAAGAUGCAACACAAGAAUCAAAUAAACAAUAUGAAGAUUAUUUAGAACCAAUUUGUAACCAAAAAUUUGUUUACAAUUCAAUGUUUGUUGACUUGUCAAAUGCAAGACUUACAGUAUUACCAGAUAAUAUAAUACAACAUUUUUCAACAAUACAGAUGCUUUAUUUAGAAAAUAAUGCAUUAACAGAAAUUCCUGAUGAACUUUUUCCAUCUUUACAAAAUCUCGAAUGGUUAGAUGUACGAAAUAAUCAAUUACAAUCUUUACCAAAUAACAUUAAAUUUCAUACUUCUUUACAUACACUUUUAUUGCAAGGAAAUCUAAUUCAAAUGUUACCAUUAGAACUCUGCUUGAUACCAAAAUUAAAAAAUUUACAAGUAGCGCGUAAUCCUUUAAUUAUGCCACCAGAGAAUGUCGUAGCACUUGGAUUUGCUAGUAUUUUAACAUUUUUAAAAAUUGAAUGGAACAAAUUACAUCCAGAUAAAAUUGAAAUUGGAAUAAUACCUGUGAAACAAACAAAGCCUAAAUCAUUAACAGUUGUUUAUAAGGAUUCGAAUAACAAAGAUACAUCAAGUAUGUUACAAGUUGUUAAUUGUUCUACUAGUUGCAGUAAUAUUUCAAAUAAAUUUGAUAAAAUAUCUAUGAUAGAAAAGAGAAAAGCUUACAAACCAAGUAAUAGAUGUGUUAGCAAAGGAAUUGAUUUAGUUAGACAAAAUCAACUUUUAUGGAUCAACAAAAUUACAGAAAUGUUGAAUAAAGAAGCUUCUGUACUUCAAAAAAUGAAAGACAAAAUAACUCUACAAAAGUGGAGAGAUGAUAAAACGAGUUUUCAUAAAAGUAUGGAAAAAGCUACAAAAAGAAGAAAAGGUGACAUCCCAUUCGCUAUUGAAGAUGUUAAUGAUUUAUGUAUAAAUAAUACAGAAAACAAUUCGAAAGAUCAAACGAAUUUGCAGACAAAAAAUAAAUCAAUAUUUAUAUCACCUGCUAACAUAAAUAAAAGAAUCAUUGAAUUGUUGGAUUCAUUAAAUACGAUAAAUAUGGAUGGAAUUACAAAUAUGACGUCAAUUUCCAAACAACAAUUUUUAAAUGAUACGAUUAAAAAGGUUCAUCUUUUACAAAAAGAAAUACAUCAUCUUCAACGAUAUAAUAUUUCGACAUCUUAG